UUUUCAACAGUGAUCAUGACAGGGCUGAUCGCAUCCUUGUAUCGACAACCAAAAUAAUGUAUUAUCUUAAUUAUGAUCGAUGAAUUAGUUCAUUAUUAUAAGACAGGUGGCUAAAUACACAACUACUAGUCUUUGGCGAACAAUAUUAAAAUGAAACUUUUGGUCCUGGUUGUUGCAGCGCUAUAUGCGUGUGCGCACGCCGGCGUUACCAUCCAAAAUGAAAUUGGCGAUAACAUAAAGGCCCAUUUAGGCCGUCAGGAGCUGCAAUUCCACGCAGGAUCUACGGUGAUCACUGAUGACGACCAGCAGUUGAUCGCAGAGCUACAGACGCGAGAGACUCAGGACCGCAACCUCGUCGCCAACGCUAUCAGGGACGCCCUAGAGGGAUUCAGAGAUGACGUCAUUAACGGCAACGAUGUCCUACCACCGCUGGACCCCUUCCACGUCCCCCAUAUUGGACCUUUCGAGUAUUCUGCCACUGCGAUCCGUGUGCGUGGUAACCUCCACAACUUCCAAAUGGAAGGUUUGCGGUGGUAUGUGGUCGACCACGUCACCUUCAACACGUUGCGACUCGCGCUAGGCGUCCAGAUCACUGUGCCCUGGCUUACUUUCACUGGUAGCUACGAUGCCUUUGCGAGAGUGGCUCUGGUGACCCACAAUGCUGGAGGCAACUACAGGGUGUUUAUCAACCGGCUGCAGACCUCAGUGGACGUGCGCGUGGGCACCAACAUCCUCGGAGGUGGCACCCUCAUCCUGAGAGAGCUCAACAUCGACAUUGUCAUCCAUAAUAUCAAUAUUCAAAUCGAUGGUAUGGUGGGAUCGUCAUUGUUGAACAAUAUGAUCAACGCGUGGGUGCAGAACAUGGCUCAAAACCUGCUGCGUGACGAGCUGGAAGCCUUCAGUCAGCUGCUUAGCCAACAGCUGUUCGACGUCGUCGCUGAGUUCCUGGCUAACUUCACGCUCGACGACCUUCUCGGCUAGGGUCAACGACCUUCUGACGAUGGACAUACGAACAAAUGAACAAUUGUAAAUAAACGAUAAAAUUUUAUUUAUGUUCAGAAUUCUGUUGGUGAGCUAUAGUUACCUAUAGAAUGUUGUUUUUGACUGACAUGUCGCAGAAUUCUAUUACACUGCGGGUGAAUGGGGGGCGUUAAGGGCUCUCUACCGAUUUUGCAAUGUUUACGUCAAGAUGCUAUACCUAAACGUGUUAAUAGAGAUAAGUAUGGUAAUACCCACGAUAAUGUCCUGUGAUAAUAAGAUUUGCAUUGAUGUAUUGUUGUUAAUCUGUAAUUAUUACUACGGAUUAUUGCGAUAAAUA